AUGGCAGCACAACUGGACGCGUCCGACGCCGCGCUCGACGGCUUCGUGCCGUCGCUGGACCACGCGUCGUUCGCCGACUGGGACGCGGUCUACGAGCCGGCGGAGGACACCUUCCUCCUCCUCGACGCCCUCUUUGCCGAGCGGUCGUCCCUGCGGGCCCUGGGCGACGCGACCGUCGUCGAGGUCGGGCCCGGCAGCGGCGUCGUGUCGGCCUACGUCGCCGCGCUGCUCGCGGCGCAGGCGCCGCGCGUGGUCUGCGUCGACGUCAAUCCUCGGGCCUGCGCGCUGUCCGCGCGGACCGCGGCGGCGAACGGCGCGCGCGUCGACGUCGUCCGCGGCGACCUCGCGACGCGCGUACGGCGGCGUCCCUCGGCGGCGCGGAAGGCAUCACGCGGCGCCCGCAGGUGCCUCGCGCGCGGCUCCGUCGACGUCCUCGUAUUCAACCCGCCGUACGUGCCGACGCCGCGGGCCGAGGUCGGCGGCGCGGGCAUCGAGGCGAGCUGGGCCGGCGGCGACCGCGGCCGCGAGGUCCUCGACCGCCUCCUGCCGGACGUGACCCGCGCGCUCUCGCCGCGGGGCCGCUUCUACGUCGUCGUCGUCGAGGAGAACGACCCGGACGACAUCGCGCGCAUCCUCGCCGCGGACGGCCUCGAGCGGACCACGGUCGCCACGAAGCGCGCGCGUCCGCGGGCCCGCGCCGCGAGGGGCGCCGCGCAGGCAAUGACGGGGCCGCCCGCGCAGGCAACGAGCUCCUGUCGAUCCUGCGGUUCGCGCGGCCCGGCUCGUAAGCGCGCGGGUGCGCAUCCGGAAGGGCGCUGCGGGCGCGCGCGGCGAGCUGUGGCCGAAGCGUGUGGCAGAGGCUUAUGUGAGAGAGCUUGGCAAUCGCUUGUCUCCGCAACCAGCGUAGCGGGCGCGAUAUGCGGCGCGGCCCGGCGAAGGACGUCGAGGGCCAGACCGCCGCCGACGACGACGACAGCCAGGAGAAGAGCGACAAGAGCGAGAGCGCCUGCUUCCAGGUCGCCGUCGUCGCCUUCCUCGUCGUCAUGGUCGGCGCCGCGCUCUACGUGUCCCAGUCCGAGCCCCAGAGCCAGCAGCACGCGUGGCUGA